AGGGGAAAAGCCAGCAGCCUCCGAAUCAGACUUCAACACUUUGGAUUCCGCCAUUGGCUUCUCUCUCUCUCUCUCUCUCUGCAACUGCGAUCAUCUCUCUCCCUCUCUUCCUCUGCUUCUGCUGGAACAGUGACGAUCCUUCAUCUUCAAUCGAUCCUCGUCAGCGUCCUUCGCCCCCCCCAACAUUUUCUGGGUCUCCACCGAAGCCAACCCCAAGAGAAGCGGAUUCCCAGCUCUGACAGCGAAUCCACAGCUCAGCCCCGAUCGCAAUGCCAUCUCCCCUCCUGCCCAUCACCAAUACGUCCUCCCGCCAUGCCUCCUCCUUCGACCCCGUCUCCUGCCUCGCUUCUUCUCCGUCAUCCGCAUUUUUCCUCUCCAAGGACGGCGCCGCCGCCCACGGCGACCCGAUGGCGAAUCUCCUCAUCUCCUCCCCUUUCGACGACGAGAAGGCCGCCUCCGUCAGGCCCCUCCUCUCCGGGGCCUCCAGCUACGCCUCCACAGUAACCCCCGCGUCCGCCCCCUCCGGUUUCUAUCAGCAGCGGCGGCGGCGGUCCGCCAGCGAGAGCUCCCUCUCCUCGAUGUCCGACGACGGCCGGCACCAGUCGCUGGGCCGCGAGGUCGCGGAUGCAGCUUCCGAGACUUUCGUGCUCACUCGCCUCAGCUUGAAGCUCUUGAGAUGUCUCGGGGUAGGCUACAGAUGGAUUACAAGAUUUCUUGCUCUUGGCUGUUAUUCCUUGUUACUGAUGCCUGGUUUUGUUCAAGUUGGGUAUUACUAUUUCUUCUCUAAGCAGGUACGCAGAGGAAUAGUUUAUGGUGAUCUACCCCGAAAUAGGCUCGAUUUAUAUCUACCGAAAAACAUGGAUGGGCCAAAGCCAGUUGUUGCAUUUAUAACUGGUGGAGCCUGGAUAAUUGGCUACAAAGCAUGGGGAUCUCUUUUAGGUCAACAAUUGUCAGAAAGAGACAUCAUGGUGGCCUGCAUUGACUACAGAAACUUUCCCCAAGUUACCAUUGGCGAUAUGGUUAAGGAUGCUUCCCAGGGUAUCUCUUUUGUGUGCAACCAUAUAGCUGAGUAUGGAGGCGAUCCAAACAGAGUUUAUGUGAUGGGACAGUCAGCUGGGGCACAUAUUGCUGCUUGCGCAUUUUUGGAGCAAGCAAUUAAAGAUUGUGGUGAAGGAGAGAGCACUUCUUGGAGCGUGUCUCAGACUAAAGCGUACUUUGGUUUAUCUGGAGGGUACAAUUUGUUAGAACUCGUUGAUCACUUCCACCGUCGAGGCCUGUACCGCUCAAUCUUCCUGGGCAUUAUGGAGGGUGAACCAUCAUUGCGACGAUAUUCUCCCGAUUUAGUGGCCCAGGACCCCAACAUAAGAAUUGCUGUCUCUCGUUUGCCUCCUAUUAUUUUGUUUCACGGCACUGCAGAUUAUUCUAUUCCAUCAGAUGCCAGUAAAAAUUUUGCGGAGACUCUUCGAAGAGCUGGAGUGAAAGCGGAAUCAAUAUUAUAUGAAGGGAAAACCCACACUGAUUUAUUUCUCCAGGAUCCUAUGAGGGGUGGCAAAGAUGAUAUGUUGGAAGAUUUGGUGGCCUACAUACAUGCUGGUGAUACAGAAGCUCUCGCCAAGGAUGCAGUAGCUCCUCCUAGACGUCGGAUGGUACCCGAGUGUAUGUUGAAGUUAGCACGUGCUGUCAGCCCAUUUUGAACUGUAAUAUAGUCAUUGGUAGCGCAAAGACAACCAACGUUUCGGGGUAGUUAUAGUUAGAGCUUAGGCCCUAUUCCAAGUCUCACUUUAGUAUUUUUGCUACAGUAUUUCUCUUCCUCUCCUACUUUUUACUGUCAUUGUUUAGCUAUUUAAAUUUUCAUCUCUUUCUUCAGAUCUCCAAGGAAGAUCCCUUGAACUGCAUAGUUCCUGCAACUGCUCUUGAUGUAAAAUGCACUUGUAUACCACAGAUACAAGUAUUUGUAAUGAAUUUGCAUAUAGCAAAAACGUGGCUUUAUGAUGUUCUUUA